CCCGCCCUGCCCUACUACCCCAUCCCACUACCCUCUUCCAUUCCCCUUCCCCACCUCCAUCCCCAUCCCUCAUAAUACCAACGCGAGCGCGAGACAAGACGGCACGGAAUAUUAAUAUGUAUACUUUUAAACACAGCAUCCUAACCGCCUCGUCCGCGCCCUCGCCCCCCGACCCCUCCCAACACGACCUGCACUCCGCGCUCCGCGCCUACGGCGAGCACGUCGCGGGCGCGACGGCUGAGCUGCUACACCAGCGCGACGUGGCGAUGGAGCGGCUGCGGGCGUUUGAGGAGGCUGGAGGCGCCGUAAGUGCCGUAGGUGCUGGUGGUGCUGUUGGUGGUGGAGGCGCUGUAGGUGGUGUUGGUGGUGGUUAUGGUGGGAGUGGGAAUGGUGGGGGUGCGGGCCUCAUGCGCGAUAUCGCGGCGCGCUAUGCGGAGAUUGAGGAGGAGAUUGCGCGCGUGAGGGGGGAGUUGGGGCGGCUGGAUGAGGAGGGGAGAUAGUGGUGGAUGGGGAACUGGUGUAGAGAGAGAGAGAGAGAGAGAGAGAGAGAGGGAAAGCUAUACAAGCACAUCCU